ACAAGUGAGUGGGAGGGGCUUUACGACACACGCCGAGCAGUAACGCCUUGCAUCCACUGCGCAUGUCAGUAAUUCCGUCUGUGUUUUGAGUUUAUGUAUGUGUGUCUGCGUGUGUGUCCUUUCCCACACGAGUUUACUGCAAUUCCGAAUUCUUACGACCACCGCCAGAAUGGCAGCUGCACCCCCGAAACCAGAUGACUCUAGCCGGGGUAGUAGCGGUAGCAGCACGCCCAGCGUCCUUGUCGGGGACGGGGACACUGAAGAGGCCGAGGAUUUCACCUCCUCUUCCCACUGCACAGAGCUAUCUCGGCGGCAGAACGAACAGAGGAAACAGGGAUUGUUCUGCGACGUGACGCUGGCCUUCAGCAGUGGGGCGGCAACCGGGAAUGUUCAGAGCUGUGAGCUUUCCGCUCACCGUUCUGUACUGGCCGCGGCUACGGACUAUUUCACGCCGUUGCUGGGAGGGCAGUUCUCCGAGUCGCUGUCGGGUCGUGUUGAGUUGAAGGAAUGGAGCGCUGAAUUGGGACCAGACCCGGAGACGGUGGAGAGUGUCAUUCAGUACAUGUACAUCGGAGAAAUACGUGUGAGCACCUGCAAUGUGCAUGAAGUGUUAGAGCUUGCUGACAGGUUCCUGCUGCUGCAUCUGAAGGAGUUCUGUGGGGAGUUCUUGAAGAAGAAGCUGAGCCUGGCCAACUGUGUGGCGGUGCACAGCCUGGCCCACAUGUACACCCUGGACCAGCUGGCUCUGCGGGCCGCAGACAUGAUCCGACGCAACUUCCACAAGGUCAUCCAGGACGAGGAGUUCUACACCCUGCCCUUCCACCUGGUGAGGGAUUGGCUGUCUGACGCAGAGAUCACUGUGGACGAGGAAGAGGUGCUGUUUGAGGCUGUGGUGAAGUGGGUCCAGAGGAACACAGAACAGCGGGGGAGGUACUUUGAGGAGUUGUUCCGUCUCCUCCGGCUACCCCAGAUUAAGCCCACCUGUCUGACGCGUGUGGUGAAGAAUGAGGCACUGGUGGCUGCCAACCAGGCCUGUCUCCGCCUGGUGUCCGACGCCGUGGAGGGCCACGCCAUCCGCUGUGAGAACCUCAAGUCAGCUGACCUGGAGUUCUGGUCAUCCUACAUGGCCUCCUUCCAGCCGCGCUUCGGCCAGAACAUGGACGUGAUCAUGGUGGUGGGCGGGGUGUCGGAGGGGGGUGACUACCUGAGUGAAUGUGUGGGUUACUUCAUCUACGAGGACCGCUGGGUUAACCUGCCCCACAUCCACAACCACCUGGAUGGCCAUGCCAUCGCCACCACAGAGUCCCACAUCUACGUAGCGGGAUCCAUGGAACCGGGCUUCGCCAAGACCGUGGAGCGCUACAACCCCAACCGCAACACCUGGGAACAGGUGAGCAACCUGACCACACGUAAACACUCCUUUGGUCUCACCUGUAUCAAAGACAUCCUGUAUAGCAUCGGUGGCCACGGCAACUUCAGCCCCGGCUUCAAGGACGUGAGCGUGUACGAGCCGGAGCCGGACAAGUGGCACAACCUGGAGUCGGCGCCCAAGAUCCUGCGGGACGUGAAGGCGGUGAGCGUGGAGGACCGCUACGUAUAUGUGACGGCACGCACGCCGGUGGACACGGACAACGAGGACGGGCUGAAGACGGUCACCACACGUUACGACACAGAGAGCCGCCAGUGGCAGGAUGUGGACUCCCUGCCGCUCAUAGACAACUACUGUGUGUUCCAGAUGGCCGUAGCCUCCACCAACUUCUACCACACGGCCUCGUGCUGCCCUAAGAGCUACACGGUGCGGGAUGAGGCUGCCAAGCAGAAGAUCAGCGCCCACAUAUCAGACGAGAUCCUGGAGAGCUUGCCGCCUGAGGUCACCAGCGUCGAGGGCGCCGCCAUCUGCCACUUCGACGAGGACGUGUUUGUGAUCGGAGGCUGGAAGAACAGCGAUGACGUGGACAAGCAGUACCGCAAAGAGGCCUACCGCUACUCUGCUGAAAGGAAGCGCUGGAUGCUGCUGCCACCCAUGCCCCAGCCGCGCUGCCGCGCCACCGCCUGUCACGUACGCAUCCCCUACCGCUUCCUGUACGGCUGCCAGCGCUACCCCAUGCCCCAGAACCUGGCCCGCCAGCGGGACCGUAUGCAGCAGAUGCAGCAGCUACACCGGCGCACCCUCACCCUGCGCAGGCAGCUGCAGUCUCAGAUCGAGUGCUGAGCUAUCGCAACCCCUGUCUGUCCAUCACAUCCACCCCAGUGGGGGAGCAGCCCAGUCCAGCUCCAAGCUCCAAGCCCCAAACAUCCCCUGGAAGCCAUCGUCAUCAACCCCCACCCAUAACCUGCUGGAGCAGCGGCUCCUAUGUUGCUCUCAUGUUGGUUCUCUUUCAAGAGAACUCUGUGCCAGAUCAUCAGGUUGAGACUAUGGUGUUGGUUGAGACUAUGGUGUUGGUUGAGACUAUGGUGUUGGUUGAGACUAUGGUGUUGGUUGAGACUAUGGUGUUGGUUGAGACUAUGGUGUUGGUUGAGACUAUGGUGUUGGUUGAGACUAUGGUGUUGGUUGAGACUAUGGUGUUGGUUGAGACUAUGGUGUUGGUUAAGACUAUGGUGUUGGUUGAGACUAUGGUGUUGGUUGAGACUAUGGUGUUCAAGGCUGGGAGAUGUGGGAGGGAUAUGACUCUGUGCUGUCCAGGUGUUAGUCUAUGUGGGGAGGACAGGCUGAAUGUUACAAAUGUGAAUAGAGUGUUGUACAGUGACCAACAUCGGACUACACUACGUAUGUACGUCAGGCACAGGUGAUGUUUGUCUUUUUAUACAUGCAUAUAGUAUAUAGUUGUAUAUGUAUACUUUUAUUAUAUAUAAAUAUUUUCUGUCCCCCUUUUAUGCUUCUAUGAUGUAGGCAAUGUAAACCUUCAAUACGGCAGAAUCUAUAUUCCUCCAAUCCAAUGUGCUUAGUGAAGUCAGUCGCUCUCUAUGACAUUCCAUCAGGACACUGACAGUCUCUCCAUGCAAAUAUCAUUCAUUCAUUCAUACAUACAUACACACACACACACUCUCUGUCCAGCUGUAGGGUCGGGACAGUACCAGUAUUGCGAUACUCGUUAGUGUCGUGGCAAGUGAACGUAACACGAAGCAGAUUUUACAUCGUUAGGAAAACAAAAAUGUUAUGUCAUCCAGAGUCACAUUUCUUUUUCCAAGCUAUAGCACACAAUAUGUUACAUACAGCAGGUUAUUAAAGGACCUACAGGUUCGGUCUGUUUCGUGUAUUCAUUUUUGCCAUGGAAAAAUUAUUGCCAUACUGGUGUCAUCCUGGCCCUACCAGUCAGUCGGACCAAACCCUUACCAAUGCCGGAUGGCUCUUCUGUGCUUUAUACUAGCCUCAUCUGAAUGGCUCCGCUUGUUGUUAUUAUAGCUUAUCAUGAAUGAAAGGAGAAUUGUCUUAUAUUUAUUAUCAGAUCUACUGUCCAAUCAAGAGUGGACAACUUAAUUAGUGAUUUACCAUCACUAUCUAUGUGGGUUGUGGUUUUCCCCUGUUUCCUUAAUGGAGCGCAGUAAAUUAGACAUCUCUCCUCCCCUGGUUGCUUAUUACUGACGAUCGAUAGUGUAUUUCUUUGAGCAGUCAGUGCAGAGAGGGGUAGUCGAGAGAAAUCUCCCAUGUGGCAUCAGUUAGAAAGAUAAGAAGUUGGAAAGGAGAAUGGAGAUGGUGGGAGUCUGAGACAGAUGGAGAGAGUUUAUUCAUCCAUCCCCAUUCUCUUAAUUAGACUCGUGUGCACCCAUCCGUCUGCAAGAGUGAUGGUCAUCAUUCUGUCUUGUGGAAAAUUCUCCUUGUCAGUGUUUUCUGACAGGUAUCUUAAAAUAUUAUUAAUUACUUUUUUUUUUACCCAAUUGGUAGUUAGUCUUGUCUCAUCUCUGCAACUCCCGUACAGACUCGGGAGAGGCGAUAGUCGAGAGCCGUGCAUCCUCCGAAACACAACACAAUGACCACUUAACCCGGAUGCCAGCCGCACCAAUGUGUUGGAGGAAACACCGUACACCUGGCGACCGUGUCAGCGUGCACUGCGCCUGUCCCGCCACAGGAGUCGCUAGUGCGCGAUGAGACAAGGACAUCCCUGCCGGCCAAAUCCUCUCCUAGCACUACGAUGCAGUGUCGUAGACCGCUGCGCCACUCGCACAGGCCCCUUAAUGAAACAGUCUUAACUUGGUAACAUUCCAUUGAUAAUUUGAAAUUCCAUCAACCAUUCUGUUGAAUUAUUCUUCAGUCUUCUGCUCGUCACAUUCCUGUUGGUAGGAACAUUGUGUAGAAGGACCUAGGUGGGAGUUUAUGAAUGUUUCUCUUCUUAUUUUGUCUGCAUUGGUUUUGAGUUUAAUGGCUGGAGGGUGUGGUUCCGGGGGACUUGAUUACGUGUGUGUCUGCGUAUGGUAAAGAAUGCUUGGUAAAGAAUGCUUGGCAAAGCUGGUGAAAAGCAUGCUUCGUAGUGCACUUGUCUACCCCUUAAUCAGUUUGUGAUAUUUAAGUCCGAGUGGGUUUACCUGUCAUAUUUGUCUUCAGAUAUGGCCGAUUUGCAUUUUUUUUCUUUUAAUUGAUCAUUGAAUCCAACACCAGCCGAUAAUCUAUUCUGUUCCCAUGUGAGAAAAUAUGUACACUACAGUGAUUUGCAUAGUAAUCCAAAAUGAAUGUGAUGUGAAGUGUGAGGGAAACCUGUUGCUGUACCUCAGGCUUAUUCAGGGGUUCAUCUGAGAGAUCCUGCCACAUUGGUGUAUGUUCUCCUCACCCUCCAAAGACGGUCAGAUGAGCUAUAUAGACCAGUGGUUCCCAACCAGGGGUACUUGGCCUAUCCACAGGGGGUACUUGGAAAAGACGGAGUCCAUAGGGUUAGUGGUAAAAUGCACAGGGGGGGGGAUUCCAGGCAGAGCAAAAGUCAGUUGGUGGUAACCAAAAAAGAUUGUGAACCACUGGUAUAGACUAGAGGUUAUCCUUAUGUUACUGAGUGGAAUGACCAUAUCAAGGUGAAUGUGUUGCCAUUGAGUUCAAGAGUUCAUUGAUUGUUAUAAGCACUAUCCCUGAAGCUAAUUUAUAACGUAAAGCACUAUAAUUUUGAGAAUGCAAUGAAAGUGUAUUUCCUCAGUUUUGUUCCUCUUGCAUAGCAUUUGAAAGAAUAUUAUUCACAUAUGUUGGCAAUAUAUAUUUUGCUUUGCAUGUGGCCGUCUGGCAUUGUGUCAAUAUAUUGGAUGUAAAAAAAAAAAAAUGCUGAUGUCAUCACUUGCAAUUAAAAUUGCUUUUUUUUAUACAA